CCUCGCUGGAGCUCAACUCUGAGGACUUUUCUCCUGCUUUUGUGCGGUUUUUUUUUCAGGAAGAAGGACUCUGCUCAAAGUUUACAACAGAAAGGAAAACUCAACGCUGAAGUGGCAGCUCUCACACAUAUAGCCUCGCUAUGGAUUGUAUGUAUUUAUUCAUAUGCUUUUCACUCAGUCAAGUAUUUUUGGAUCAUAUUGUCGCUGCAGAAACACAUGAAAAACUCUCUGGAAAGUUAAGUGAAUAUGGUCUUAUCGUGCCAUUCAGCACAGACUCCCAUGGCCGGUACAUUUCUCACGUGGUCUCUGUUGGAAGUGGAAGUAAAGGUGCUCCUGCUGCUGCUGAUGCCGCCUCGACCCUUGGCAGCAGAAGAAGGGUGGCCCGCGGUGCCCCCGAGUUGCCCUCGGUCACCUCUGCCUCAGCUCAGCACUUGUUUUUCAAUGUCACUGUGUUUGGGAAGGAACUGCACCUCCGCCUGAGAGCCAACAGGAGGCUGGUGGCCCCAGGGGCUUUUGUGGAAUGGCAGGAGGACUUUGAGGAAAAGGCUAAGGAACGCAUCCACGGGAACUGUGUUUUCACUGGGGAUGUGACUGACAUGCCGGAGGCCUCUGUGGCUAUCAGCAAUUGUGACGGACUGUCAGGUCUGAUCCGGACUGAUAAUGGGGAGUUUUUCAUUGAGCCCCUCGAGAAGGGCCAGCAGGAUGUGGAAGUGAAGGGGCGUGUCCACGUGGUCUACCGCAGAUCAGCCAUCAAGCGGGAAACGGGCCAGCGCAGGGAGGACCUCCACAAUGAAGUGGCAGACUUCGGGAUCGCAGACCUCCCAGCAGCUCUGGACCUCGUUGAACAUAAACUGUCUGAGUCUGAGCGCAAGCGGAGGCACGCGAAGAAAGACGACUACAACAUUGAGGUGCUCCUCGCUGUGGACGAUUCAGUGGUGCGCUUCCAUGGCAAGGAGCAUGUGCAGAAUUACGUUCUUACACUUAUGAACAUAGUUGAUGAAAUCUACCAUGAUGAAUCUUUGGGAACCAACAUCAACAUUGUCCUUGUCCGCAUGAUAAUGGUCGGGUAUCGACAGUCUAUAAGCCUGAUCGAGCGUGGCAACCCAUCCCGCAGCCUGGAGCAGGUAUGUCGGUGGGCCAACACGCAGCAGCGUCGCGACCCCGACCACGCCGAAUACCAUGACCACGCCAUCUUCCUCACAAGGCAAGAUUUUGGUCCCGCAGGUAUGCAAGGUUACGCUCCAGUGACUGGGAUGUGCCACCCACUGAGAAGCUGCACUCUGAAUCAUGAGGACGGCUUCUCCUCCGCCUUUGUGGUUGCUCAUGAAACCGGCCAUGUGUUAGGAAUGGAGCAUGAUGGCCAGGGGAAUCGCUGCGCUGAUGAGACCAGUAUGGGCAGCAUCAUGGCGCCCCUUGUCCAAGCAGCUUUCCAUCGCUAUCACUGGUCACGUUGCAGCAAACAGGAGCUAAAUCGAUAUAUCCACUCAUAUGACUGCCUGCUGGAUGAUCCCUUUGAACACAAGUGGCCCAAGCUUCCUGAGCUACCUGGAAUAAAUUAUUCAAUGGAUGAACAGUGCCGCUUUGAUUUUGGUGUCGGUUAUAAAAUGUGCACUGCUUUUCGAACUUAUGACCCCUGCAAGCAACUGUGGUGCAGUCACCCCGACAACCAGUACUUCUGUAAAACCAAAAAAGGUCCUCCGGUGGAUGGAACAGAGUGUGCACCGGGGAAGUGGUGCUUCAAGGGCCAUUGCAUCUGGAGAUCUAGCCAACAGCCCCAGGGCCAUGAUGGGAGUUGGGGUUCAUGGUCGAAGUUCGGCUCUUGCUCCAGGACGUGCGGAGGUGGAGUUCGAUCCCGCAACAGACAGUGCAACAACCCUUCGCCUGCCUAUGGUGGCCGAGAUUGCCCCGGCUCUGCUUUUGACUACCAAAUGUGCAACACAGAGGAGUGUGCAGGUCCAUAUGAGGACUUCCGUGCACAGCAGUGCGUCCAGAGGAGCAACAAAUACCACAACAACAUCAAGCACACCUGGCUACCGUAUGAGCACCCAGAUGAGGGUCGUAAGUGCGAGCUGAGCUGUAAGUCAAAGGAAACAGGGGAGGUGGUGUUCAUGAACCAGGUGAUGCAUGAUGGGACCCGCUGCAGCUACUCUGAACCCUUCAGCGUAUGUGCUCGAGGAGAGUGUCUGCAUGUAGGCUGCGACAAGGAGGUCGGCUCAUACAAGCAGGAGGACAAAUGUGGAGUGUGUGAGGGGGACAACUCCCACUGUCGCACCGUGAAGCUCACUCUCACCAAGACACCCAAAAAGAAUGGGAUGCUGAAAAUGUUUGACAUCCCAAUAGGAGCCCGUCACAUUGUUAUUGAAGAGAAUGAGACUUCCCCUCAUAUAAUUGCUGUAAAGAAUCAAGUUACUGGAAACUUCAUAUUGAAUGCAAAAAGUGAAGACGCUGAGUCAAAGACCUUCAUCGAAAAUGGUUUACAGUGGGAGUAUUCUAUCGAUGGUGAGAAAGAGACCCUAAAAACAUCUGGUCCUCUGCAUGAAGGCAUUGUAGUACUGGUCAUUCCCCAAGAAGAAGACAUAAAGAUCAGCUUGACAUAUAAGUAUAUUAUACAUGAGGACCUGUUACCGCUCAUUACCAACAACAAUGUGCUUCUGGCUGAACUGGACACUUAUGAAUGGGCACUGAAGAGCUGGUCUCAAUGCUCCAAACCCUGUGGGGGAGGCAUACAGUACACAAAAUAUGGAUGCAGGAGGAAAAGUGACAGUCGUUUGGUGCAUCGCAACUUUUGUGAAACUAGUAAAAAGCCCAAACCCAUCCGCAAACGCUGCAAUGUCCAAGAGUGCAGCCAACCCACGUGGGUGAUGGAAGAGUGGAGUCCUUGUAGUAAGACCUGUGGGAAGCUCGGCUACCAGACCAGGGUGGUACAGUGCAUGCAGGCGCUCCACAACGGCACCAACAGGCCCGUCCACAGCAAACACUGCACUGAGGAUCGUCCAGAGACGAGGAGAGCCUGUAACCACACCACAUGCCCUGCCCAGUGGAGGACGGGGGCGUGGUCUCAGUGCUCGGUGACCUGCGGCGAAGGGAUUCAGCAAAGGCAGGUGGUUUGCAAGGAAAGCGACAACACCAUUGGAGAGUGUGAAGGCGAGAAGCCGGAAACAGUCCUCAUUUGCAAACUAAGUUCUUGUCCAGGACAGCCAGUGUCUUCUCUCACUAUUGAAACCAUGGAAAACUCUACAAUAAAAGACGAAGCUGUACACCAAAGGGCUCCUGAAAACCCUGUCCUCAAAAUCUCUUCAAAUGAGCCAUGUCUGAGGGAUAAAUCGAUUUUCUGUCAAAUGGAGGUUCUUGCCCGUUACUGUUCCAUCCCUGGAUAUAAUAAACUUUGUUGUGAGUCAUGCAACAAAAAAGAAAGCCUCGCCACACAUGCUCCUGACCUCGCAAGCAUCCCAGAGGCCUCAAUGGAACCUGAGAUCUCUGCUUCUUCUCACUCUGCAUCACCCAAGGUUCCUCUACCCGCUAUGACCCAGAGCCCGCCGCAAACCACUAAAGCCAUCAGCAGACGACCUCGCUCCACUGCCCAGGUGCCAACGACCGCCACCGCUGCUGCUGAAGCCUCGGCAUCCACGGGUGCCGCUCUGCCCCAGGGUCCCACCGCCGACUCAGACCCAGGGCCUCUUCUACCUCCAGGGCCGCCACGGCCAACAGCAGACUCCAGUGGAGAUGCCUCUAAAGAGCACAGUCCAAACAGCACUUUAGGCCCAGUCGCUGCCAGGUCAAGAAGGGACAAUUUAGGAUCCGAGAGAGACUCAAGUCACAGAACCCUGUCAGCUCAGAAAUGAACAGUGAGUGAUGUUGUGAUCGUGCUGCUUAGUGAGACGGUCUCAUACAUCAGCUCACCCAUUGCAGCGUCUGAUAGACUAUUUCUUUCUUUUUUGCAAAGAUUUUUUUUUCCAUGCCAGUGAACUUAGACCAGACCAGUGAUGGUUACCUCAUCAAAACUCCAGAGCGACACUGCAUCGCUCUGUCCUCUGUGCUUCAAAGAAGAAACGGAAGAAAAAAUGUUGUCAAAACGAAGGUGCUGUAAACUAAAACGACUACAAGACGUGUUCAAAAUGUGAUGACUGCAUUGCUACAUUCAUGUUUUUAUCUGUGUACAGUUGUGUAAGCCUGUUUUUUUUAAGUGCAUUAGAACUACUAUUGAACUUGUAUUGUGAACAUGUGAGAAGAGGUCCAUGAUUUUGGAGGUGCAUGUGUCAGCUAUGGAGUCCAGAGUGUGCCACCAGGAUAAUUAUAGACUUUUCUAAAUGACAGAAUAAAAAAAGCUGUUAAAUAUUACAAAUUAUGAUUUCGAAAUGGAUUUUUUAUUUUUUUUAUUCCCUCCCUAAUGUAACUGUUACAUUUCAUUUCACAAUUUGUUGUCUCCUUUAGCUCCAUGGCUAAUUCCUUCAUUAAUCACUUUAAUAUUUUUUUUUUUUUUUACU